UUCCGGUGUGUGAUCGCACGGAAGUGAUAGGAAGCAGCGGCGACCCGUAGGAAAUAUGGCGGCCGAGGAAUCCGAGCGACAGAAGCAAACUGACUGUGAUGGUGUCAAUUGUCUCACUUACGAUGAAGCAAUUAUAGCUCAGCAGGACCGCAUACAACAAGAAAUUGCUGGUCAGACUCCACUGCUAUCUGAUCGACUGGAUCUUUCUGUACUGUACCAGGAAUAUGCUUCUGAUGACCAAGUAUAUCAAAGCAAGAUUAAGGACCUGAACAGAAGAUACACUCACAUUCGCAGGACGCGACCAGAUGGGAACUGCUUCUACCGAGCAUUUGGGUUUUCGUAUCUAGAAGCUCUUGUAGAUGGAGGUCCUGAGCUUGAGAGGUUUAAAGAGGUCUCUCUGCACAGUAAGGAGGAUCUUAUCAAACAAGGAUUCACAGAGUUUACUAUAGAAGAUUUUCACAACACGUUUAUGGAUCUUAUCGCUCUUGUGGAUAAGCGCCCACUGGUCUCAGAGCUUUUAGCGACAUUCAAUGAGCAGACUGUCUCGGAUUAUGUGGUGGUCUAUCUCCGUCUCCUGACCUCUGGACACCUGCAGAGAGAGAAUCUAUUCUACCAGCAUUUUAUAGAGGGAGGAAGGAGUGUCAAGGAAUUUUGCCAGCAGGAAGUAGAACCCAUGUGUAAGGAAAGUGAUCACAUCCACAUCAUUGCUCUCUCCCAGGCUUUGAACGUCUCCAUUCAAGUAGAAUAUAUGGACAGGGGGGAAGGGGGAAGCACAGUCACGCAUGUGUUCCCAGAGGGCUCUAACCCACAGGUCUUCCUGCUCUACCGACCUGGACACUAUGAUAUUCUCUACAAAUGAAAUGCUCCAUGCUUUUCUGCACGUCUUCUAUUUGACAAUUCCCACUCUUUAUUCCAAGGCCCCAAGUGCUUUCACAUCCUUGAUUUCCCCUUCAUUUGUCUGUUACGUUUUAUCCAAAUGGAGCAAAAUAAACGAUGAAACACUA